GUCCACACAAAACGACUCCUCCUUAUAAAUCUCGUCACAGUUUCCGCUCGCAUCGAUCCUGCCUCUUGUUACUUCUUUGCCUUGCUUUCAUAUCUACCCGCUUUCUUGUGCUUUGAGUCAUGAAAUUCGUAAGCAUGAGUUUUGCAGUGUCUCGAUCAUGUCACUUGCUUCUUGGUCUUGUUCUUACCAUGUGCUUUCACCAAGCCUCCUCCACCGCCAAUGAAACAGACAGACUCGCGCUUCUCGGAUUUAAGGCCGGCAUAACCGGAGAUCCUUUUGGCGUGCUCAACUCAUGGAACAAUAGCAUUGGGUUUUGCCAAUGGUAUGGUAUUACCUGUGACCGCAGGCACCAGAGGGUCACGGUCUUGGAUUUGCAAUCACAAGGACUCUCCGGAUCAAUCUCUUCUCAUAUCGGAAAUCUCAGCUUCUUGAGGGAGAUGUUGCUACAAAACAAUAGCUUCAAUCAAGAAAUCCCUCCACAACUCGGCCGGUUGCGCCGCCUGCGUAUCCUGCAAUUAAACAACAAUUCACUGGUUGGCAAAAUUCCCAAAAACAUGUCAGGUUGCUCGGACCUGGUCAUCCUCCGGCUUGGGAACAACGAACUAACUGGAGAAAUUCCUAGAGAGCUCGGUUCAACGCCAAAGCUACAAGAGUUUGCUUUGCACGGGAACAAUCUAACUGGAAGUGUGCCUUCGUCCAUUUGGAACUUAUCUUCACUGGAGAUACUUUAUUUAACCCAUAACUACUUGGGCGGGAGCAUUCCCCAAGUUCUAGGCCACCUGAAAAACUUGCGAAUGAUUAGCUUUGGAGGAAACAUAUUGUCAGGUACAAUUCCAUCUUCACUACUUAAUCUCUCUUCGAUCGUUGCGUUUGAAGUUUUAGAGAACCGAAUAGAGGGGACUCUUCCUGCAGACAUAGGCCUCAAACUCCCAGAUCUUGAAAUUUUUACAGUUUCUUUGAACCAACUUGAGGGGCCAAUUCCUCUGUGGAUAUCGAAUUGCACGAAGCUAGAUUGGCUUCUAUUUUCUGAUAACAGAUUUUCCGAAAAAGUGCCUUCUUUGGAAAAACUGCAUAGGCUUAGUCGGUUUACAAUCAGUGAUAACCAACUUGGAAGUGGAAAACCUGAAGACUUGAGCUUCCUUUGCUCGUUAACUAAUAGCACCCGAUUAGAGUACUUGACUAUUGACGCAAACGAGUUUGGCGGGGUGUUACCUAAAUGCAUAGGUAAUUUAUCCACCACUAUCAAAGUACUUUUGUUAAACGGGAAUCAUAUAUCCGGUGAAAUUCUAGAAGAAAUCGGGGAUCUGGUUAAUCUGGAAAUAUUGUAUAUGAAUGAUAACCAGUUAUCAGGUGUCAUCCCCUCAAAUUUGGGGGCUCUACAAGAUGUAAGGGGACUGUACUUAAGUGAUAACAACCUGGGAGGCACUAACCCAUCUUCUUUGGGAAAUCUAACCAAGUUAAUCGAACUAGAUCUUGGUGGGAACAACUUUCAAGGGCAAAUUCCGCCCCAUCUAUCUAAUUGCCAAUCUCUUGACGUGCUUAUACUGUCUAAUAACAAUCUCAGUGGUGCCAUUCCUCCACAGGUCAUAGGUCUCUCAUCAUUAACAAUCAUUCUGAACUUGUCUCAUAAUCAUCUGAUUGGGGUUCUACCCACAGAAGUCGGCAACCUGAGAACUUUGACUACGCUGGACAUCUCGAACAAUUUGUUAGUAGGUGAAAUCCCCAUCAGUUUAGGUCAUUGCACUCAAUUGACAUCAUUGAGGAUGGGGGGCAACUUCUUCCAUGGGUCCAUUCCUCAAUCAAUCAGAUCGUUAGGAGGCAUCGAAGAACUAGAUCUUUCACGUAAUAAUUUGUCAGGUCAAAUUUCAGAAUUUUUAACAGUAUUUCGCUCCUUGAAACUUCUGAAUUUAUCGUACAAUAAGUUUGAAGGCAUGCUACCACGUGAAGGAGUCUUUAAGAAUGCUACUGGUACUUCUAUUAUUGGGAAUAAUGAGCUCUGCGGGGGACUGCCAGAAUUUCACCUCCCCAACUGCAUCACCAAAAGCUCCAAGAACAGAAAGAUAAAUACAGCAAUAUUGUCUGCUUCUAUUAUUUUCGGAGUUCUUGGAAUAGCUCUUAUCCUGACUUUUUUAUAUCUUUGUGGGUUGAAGAAGAAAGUAAAUGAACCAGCUUCAAGUUCAAUAAAUGAUUCACGUCCGAAGGUGUCCUAUAGAGCACUCCUAAAAGCAACAGAUGGUUUUUCUUCAACGAAUUUGAUUGGUGUUGGCAGCUUUGGUUCUGUUUAUAGGGGGAUACUUGAGGACGAUGCAACUGUUGUUGCUGUGAAGGUGCUUCAUUUAGUCCGUUGUGGUGCACUGAAGAGCUUCAUGGUGGAGUGCGAGGCAUUAAAGAACAUCAAACAUCGAAAUCUCUUAAAGAUACUAACCGUUUGCUCAGGUAAUGAUUAUCAAGGAAAUGAUUUUAAGGCCUUAGUCUAUCAAUUCAUGGACAAUGGAAGCCUGGAACGAUGGCUACAUCCAAACGCAACAUCUCAUGGGAAUGAGCUCCCAAAAAAGUUGAAUUUCGUUAGGAGGAUAAACAUUGCUAUAGGUGUUGCUUCUGCACUGGAUUAUCUUCAUCAUCAAUGCCACAUCCCCAUUGUUCAUUGUGAUCUAAAGCCAAGUAAUAUCCUCUUAGACGCGGAUAUGGUCGCACAUGUUGGUGACUUUGGAUUGGCGAAAUUCCUUCUUGGGUCAUCCCUUGAUACUGUAGUUAAUCAUAUGAGCUCAGUGGGGCUGAGAGGGACAAUUGGUUAUACUCCACCAGAAUAUGCAAUGGGAUGCGAGGUUUCCAGAGAAGGGGACGUCUAUAGUUACGGCAUUCUCUUACUGGAGAUGUUCACAGGGUUGAGUCCCACCGAUGACGUAUUCAGAGACAAUUUGACUCUUCAUAGUUUUGUCGCAAAAGCUUUGCCCGGACAAGUACUCGAAAUUACAGACAGCGUUUUGCUUCAAGAAAGAGAGAGCCAAUUAGGCCACCAUAGUCCCCAGCAUUGGCUUUUCGAAAGCGACUGCAUAUUUCAAGAGUGUUUGGUUUUGGUGUACAAUAUUGGAGUUGCUUGUUCGCACAGCGUGCCCGGAAGACGGAUGAGCAUCAGCGGAAUUGCAAAUCAGCUGCAACAGAUUAGGGAGAAACUCUUUGCACUGGGUUUACAUGGAGAAGAUGAACUACUAACAGCUUCUGUUUAGCUGUUAUACCUUUAUGGUUGUUUAAGCAAACAAAAGCGGACAGAUUGAGUGGGAAUGGCUCGCCGUUGCUUUAGUCAGCUAUAGGCCAUGCGGUUGCUCUGGAGGGCGAAUUUAAGGAUGCAUAGCUUCUGGAUUCAGCAUUCUAGCAUGUGGUGAUUUAAGAACACUUAUAAACUGUCUGAUGAAUGUGGUACGAAUUAUCCAAGUAUGCUUUAGUUGAAUAGUGUAACUCUAGUGUAUUGGAUUUUUCUGGGAGUGCAAGUGCAAAUUAUUCAGCACUAAUAUUUCUGAA